AGCCGGGGAGGAUUCAGCACAAAGGUUCAUGUGAGCGUGGACGGACUUGGCAAUCCACUGAGAUUCACGCUGACCGCAGGACAGAGACACGACAUCACUCAGGCUGAGGAGCUGAUCUCAGGGUACAAGGGUGAGUAUGUGAUCGCAGACAAAGGGUAUGACUCACACGGGUUCAUCCAACACAUUUCCGAAAGCGACAUGGUCGCCGUCAUUCCCCCUCGCUCCAACCGCAAGCAGCCACGCCCGUACGAUGACUACUUAUACAGGGAACGCCACCUCGUGGAGUGCUUCAUAGGCAAGAUCAAGCACUACCGAAGGAUAUUCUCACGAUUCGACAAACUCGACAGCAGAUACCUCGGAUUCCUACAAUUCGCUGCUGUUCUCAUAUGGCUGCACUGA